AUGUCAGAACCAUCAAAGCAAACUCGACCUCUCUACUUUUGGAGAGAAACAGAUCCCAAAACAGGCUGGCUCUCACAAUGGUACUUUUGCCCCUUUAAAGACGACAAGAACCCAGCCAUCGUCUACGAAACCGCCGAACAUUACAUGAUGUAUCAAAAAGCAAUCCUCUUCAACGACCACUCCUCCGCAACAAAAAUCCUCAAACGAGGCCUCCACCCACGCAAAAUCAAAGCCCUCGGGCGUAAAGUCACGAAUUUCUCCGAGGAAAUAUGGAACGCUAACCGCGAAGCCAUCGUCCGACAAGGCAACUAUUUAAAAUUCACCAAUGCGGUUACGGAAGAGGGCUUUUAUCUUGGCCAGACGGGCGAUUUGCCGCUUGUUGGGGGAUCUUUGAGGGAGACGCUGUUGGCGACGGGGGAGAGGGAGCUUGUAGAGGCGAGCCCGUUUGAUUCCGUUUGGGGGGUUGGAUUUAAGGAGGCGGAUGCGGAUGGGUGUAGAGAGCAUUGGGGGUUGAAUUUAUUGGGUAAGGCGUUGAUGGAGGUGAGGGAUAUGCUGAGGGAGGAGAAGCAGGAGAAUCGGGAUUGA